CGCUAAUUUAGUAGCUAAACAUUUCACCAGCAAAGCAAAGAAAAAUUGUGUGUAAUAAUGGAUAGCCAUUGUCACCGCAGUAUUGCUCGCUAUUUGCUUCUUUUGCUUUUGGUCUCUUCCUGCAUGCAGAGUACGACCAAACUCUGUUUCUGUUUGGCUGGUGAAGAAAUUUCAAGCAGUGUGAAGACAAAUUCAUGCAUUGACGAAGAAAGACAAGCGCUUCUCGUCUUUAAACAACAUCUUGUUCAUCAUUCUGGUAGGCUUUCGUCUUGGGUGGGUCAUGAUUGCUGUCGAUGGGAAGGCAUUUCAUGCAACAACAACACUGGUCAUGUCGUGAAGAUGGACCUCCGGAAUCCAUAUGACUAUUUUGGUGAUGAAAGGUGGAUAAAUGCUUCUUUGGGAGGUAAGAUAAAUGCUUCUCUGUUGAGCUUGAAACAUUUAAAUUACUUGGACUUGAGCCAGAAUUCGUUUGAUAGCAAUCAAAUUCCCAAGUUCUUUGGGGAGCUUAAAAGUUUGCAAUAUCUCAAUCUCUCCUAUGCGUCAUUUGGAGGAGAGAUUCCCUCUUCUCUUGGUAACCUGUCAAGCCUAAAUUUUCUUGAUCUCGGGUCGAAUUACUUAUCUUCCAGAAAUUUGAAUUGGCUUUCUCACCUCUCUUCCCUGAAAUACAUUAAUCUCAAUUACGUUAACCUUAACAGCACAGGAGUCAGUUGGGCAUAUGAUAUUAUCAUGCUUCCUUCAUUGUUAAAGUUACAUUUAUCUUCGUGCCAAAUUGAAAGCAUUCCACUCUCACUACAGAGCAUUAACUUCCGUCCACUCUCACUACAGAGGAUUAACUUGACAUCACUUUUGGUCCUUGAUAUGUCGUAUAAUGGCAUUAAAAGUUCUUCAUUUCCCAGUUGGUUUCUUAAUCUUACCAACCUCAAAACACUUGAUCUAUCCUGGAAUGAUUUCAGCGAUCCUUUUCCAAGUGAAUUUUCAAACUUCAAAUCUUUGGAAAACCUUGAUUUAUCUGGAGCACGCUUAAAAGGUCAAAUUCCUAAAGUGAGUGGAAAUUUCUGCAAACUAAAGCUUUUAAGUCUUUCAGAUAACAACUUUGAUGGGGGGAUUGAAGAGUUUUGGAGGAGUCUCUCAAAUUGUCCAAGUAAUACAUUAGAGUCACUAGAUUUGUCUAAUUGCGAGCUUGAAGGCCAAUUGCCGGCCUUUUUAGGAAUGUUUCAAAGUUUGCAGAAUCUCAACCUUGGAGGAAACAAUUUGUGGGGCUCAAUUCCAGAUUCCAUCGGAAAUUUGUCGUCCUUGAGAACACUAGACCUCAUUUAUAAUAAUAUGAAUGGCUCAAUUCCAGAAAGUGUUGGACAACUCUACGAGCUAGUUUCCCUACGUUUGUAUGGUAAUUCAUGGGAAGGCAUUCUAACGGAAGCCCAUUUCAUAAAUCUUACCAGAUUACAACAUUUUGAAAUAGGAAACAUAGACCGACCCACGUCCCUCAUUUUCGACAUGGCUAAUGAUUGGGUUCCUCCUUUCAAGCUCCAUGAAAUUGUGAUCAGAAAUUGUGGGAUAAAACCUAGUUUUUGGGUAUGGUUUCAAACUCAAACUAAACUAUCUUAUGUUAUUCUUAGUGGUAAUGGAAUCUCGAAUUCCGUACCAGAGGAAUGGUUGCUGAAGAUAUCUCCCCAACUUAUCCGACUAGACUUGUCUUACAACCAAUUUUGUGGAAACUUUCCAUCCCAUUUGAAAUUUCCAAAUUUAAGGUUUAUUGAUUUGAGUCAUAAUCAGUUGGAGGGCCCACUCCCACUUUGGUGUUUCCCUAAUGUCCGUUCCCUUUAUCUAGAAAGCAAUUUCUUUUCCGGUCCAAUCCACUCAAAUAUUGACCAAAAGAUGCCAUAUUUGGGUGAAUUGUUACUUGAUGAGAAUCAUUUGAAUGGCACCAUUCCUCCCUCUAUUUUUAACAUCCAGAACUUGCAAAUCAUGUCUCUAAGGAGCAAUCAAUUUUCUGGAGAACUCCCUUAUGCAUGGACAAUGGAGAGCUAUAUGAAGUUUCUAGACGUUGGUCAAAACAAUCUCUCUGGUACGAUUCCCACUUCAUUGGGGGGACUACGUUCCCUGGAAAUAUUAAAGCUCAACGACAACAAUUUUGACGGUGAAAUUCCUGAUGCCUUGCAAAAGUGUUCAAAUUUGAGGAGUAUUGAUCUUGGAGACAACAAGUUAUCUGGGAACAUACCUCUAUGGAUUGGAGGGUCAAAUGUAUCCAAGUUGUCUAUGCUACGAUUACGGUCUAACUAUUUGAGUGGCCAUAUUUCCCAACAACUGUGCAAUCUUCAUGGCCUUCACAUCCUUGACCUUAGUAACAAUAGCCUUUCAGGUACUAUUCCAAUGUGUUUGGAUAACUUAACUUCUCUCGUCAAUGAUGAUUAUUAUGGAUAUGAUUAUGGAUAUGGUUAUGGAUAUGAUUUUGAAACGUUUAAUGUUAUAAGCUUUGGGGGUUCUCGUAAAAUAUUUGAGCAUGCCAAACUGACACUAAAAGGAGAAGAACUUGUGUACAACAAGACUCUAUAUCUUGUAAAGAGCAUUGAUCUUUCAUCAAAUAAUUUACAUGGUGAAAUUCCUAAAGAAAUAAGCAACCUCAUUCAAUUAGGCACCUUGAAUUUGUCCAUGAAUCAAUUGACUGGAAAGAUCCCCUCCAAGGUCGGAAACUUGCGUCAGCUCGAAACUCUUGAUCUCUCACACAACCAUCUCUCGGGACAGAUUCCGCAAAGCUUGUCAUCUUUAACGUUUUUGGCCCACUUGGACUUGUCUUAUAACAACUUGUCCGGAAGAAUUCCUUCUGGAAACCAACUUCAAACGCUCAAUAUUUCGUCCAUUUAUAUGGGCAAUCAAUUUCUAUGUGGUGUUCCUCUCUCAACAAAGUGCCCUGAAGAUGACACUUCUACUGCGAAGGAUGCAAAGGACAAGAAUGAAGAAGGAAAUGAUAAGUUGUGGUUUUAUGUCAGCGUGGUACUUGGCUUUAUCAUAGGUUUUUGGGGCGUCUGCGGCACAUUGAUCUUAAAGACAUCGUGGAGGUAUGCCUAUUUCCAAUUCUUCGAUGACAUCAAAGAUAAAGUAGCACUAGCAAUUGCUUUGAAAGUGGCUCGUUUAAAAAGGUUUUUAUCUUGAAUUUUGAUUGUACUAAUAUAUAAUGUGAUGUUUUUCCCCUUCUACUGUGUGCUUUGGUACUUGCAAUUUAUGUAUUAAAUAAAAGAAUUAUGUCAUGACUAUCCAUUUAAUACAAGAAUUAUUUCUAGUUUGUACUUAUCAAUCCCAUAGACAUAGUACAAAAUAUAUAUGUAACGGCUAUCUAUUUAAUGUUGCAAUUUAACAAAAUAACACUUUGUUCAUAAACCAGGUAAGCACAUGUAUAUAUUCUUCUCUUUUACACUUGAAUAUUAUGUGUGUACAAGUGUAAACAAAAUUAAGUAUUGAGGUGGAUGGAGCCCGUUGGGUUACAAGUUGUUUGAACGGUAAAGCGUAAAACUUGCUGGUGGGAAUUGGAUCGCCGAUGAGAUUCAAGGGAAAUUUGUUUAGUUGUGACGGUAAUAUAGAUGAUACAUCACCACAUGUUUUUAUAUAAGUAGUAAAAUAUUUUAAUUUUUAAGUUAUUAACUUUUUAAUAUUCAUAUCUUACUAUUUAUAUAGGGGUGUGCUAUCCAUACACUCAUUUUUACUUCUCAUACACCUCUUGUUAAUUUCUAUAUGUUGAUAUUCUUUAAUUCAUCCGAUUCGACGGUCGAAAAUCAAAAAGGUAUGUGAGAAAUAAAAAGAGAUAUGUAGAUACCACACCCUUUAUAUAUUUGUACAAGAAGAACACACCACCUGUACCUUGUCACUGCCUCGUAUGACGGUGAUAUUGAAAGUCUCUCGAUCCAAAGACUAAUAUCAGGAUGAGAAGAAGAUAUUGAGAGAUUUUCCACUCUCCAGCUUCAUUAAAACACUGUAGCUCUCUGUUUUCUCCGGAGAAGAACGGCAGCAAGUGCGAUUUUUCUGUCGGGACGAUGCGGUGGGAGAAGCUACUGCCGACGAUGAACUUGCGACUGUUGCUGGUGAAAGCUGAUGACUCCACCAGGCAUACUAUAGUUGUGCUUCUCAGGAAUGUAGCUACAAACGCGAAAUUGAACCACCAGCACAUGUGCCGCAGCCGCAUCAAAGGCUGGUUCUCCGACGACGUUGUUUUCUGAAGCUCUCUCUACCCAAGGUACACAAUUUAGAGCUUUGGACCCGAAAAGGUAGCGUUUACCGCUGAGAUCUUCAGCUGAUUUGGGGUGGGCAUUUUUGUGGUUUAAAUAUUAUGUGUGUACAAGUGUAAAUUUUCCUUUCUAAAUGGGUUUUCUGUUGACAUUUCAUUUUUGUGAUUUUGGGGAUUUAUGUUGAAAUUAUUGAAAAGGAUACAAUUCUUAAAAGAAUUCAGUUUACUACAUACUCCUUUUCAAAUUCAAAAGGAUAAAAUCAAAGGCAAUAGAUGUACAUUGAUUGGCCUGAAUUACAUGGAAAGGGUGUUCGACAAGGAUAAUACUAUCAUUGCACUUUAUUCCUUGACGCUUUGGGGCCCUGUUGGAUCUUUGUUGGAAUAGUGGAAAUUAGUUUUCGGACCUGAUAUCGCUGUCUUCGGUAGCUCGGCUGGGCUUUAUGAAUAUGAGCAUGAUGGUUCAAAAGCUAGGGAGCUUGAAGGGGAAAUUGGAAUUAAAGUCAUACGACAUAAUGGUGAAAUCAUCAAUUCUUCUCUCUCUUCCACCAUGCUUUCCGGUGGAUUCAUCAGGUGCUGCUGACGCUCUUUUUUUUUCUGAAACAUCAAUAUCCAUCGUCUGGUCCUCUGAAGGGAGUGCCUAACGAUUUCGAAAAUUUGCUCCAUAGAAAAGGUUAUCAGCUUCUGACUCGGUUUCCGACAAUGCCCCGAUGAUUUCUCUGAAAACCAAAGCAACCCCAAGCAAUUCCGUAAAAGUGAUGUUGCAGCAAAGGAAAUAUGAGACACAACUUUUACUACAAAGGCUCCAACAAAAAAUAUAUCAGAUUCCCCAAGCAUCUCAAACCAUAUUGCCUUGCUGCAAAACAGUGAAUCGAAUCCCAAAUUCAAACGGUCCUCCGUAUAAUUCUGUCAACAACUAGAAAGCAACAUCUGCUUUCUUACUUCCAAGUGAAGAGAAAUAGUGGAAUCAGCUUCCAUCCAUUUUCCAAUGAGACUCCAAUUUUGUUGACGGAUUUCGCGCUCGAUUUUAAUCUGUUAUCUACUUGGAUCCAUUUUUUUUCCAAGCCUAAUUAGUUCUUGGAGGUUUGUGUUUGUUUGCCCAGAUGCUAUUUCGAAGCUGGAGUAAGCAUUGUUGAUUAAUCCUAGGAAAGAUGAUGCUCUGUGGUGUUUUGGAAAUGCUCAAACUGCUUGUGGAUUAUGUACCCUGGACCAGAAUGAGGCAAGAGUUUAUUUCCAAAAGGCGUCUGAUGAGGAGUCGGGUGAUUUUGAAUCUGUAUAUUAUGCUUACUGUCGAAAUUUGAGUGGUUGCUCAGUUUGAAUUUACUAUCAGCUUAGCUCAACAUUCACUCGAUUAAGUGAACGACUCUUGAACUGAAAACAAGAGAAUUGGAGUCCAUCAGGAGCGAAAUUCUGACGCCUGCAGGGCUUUUCGAACAGAAAAUGAGAAGUAUGGAAGGAACACACACAUACCGUUAUGCAAGGGCCACCUGCAGUUCGACUACUGAUUGAAUCUAGAUCUUUUGUAAAAAAAACUCUAAACUUAUUAGUUUACACAUGUAAUUGAGUUGGGAACAAUAUUGGUAUUGAUUUGUAGUGGACCAAUGAGCUGUCUCUAUAUUUUA